AUGGCGACCCGCCCGGGCGUGCGCCGCAAGUCGUCGGCGCAGAAUCUCCUGUCCUCCUUCAAGAACAGAGAUCCGUCUGCGCAGAUCGGCAGCGUCUCCUCGGCGACUGGCCAGCAGUUCGCGUCUGCUUCGACUCCUACCGCUCCCACCAUGCCCCUGCCCCGCGACUGGGACGUGCAGUCUGGCCAGUCUGACCCCUCCGUCGCGUCCUCGGGUGCCUCUGCGGCGACGAAUGGCUCGUUGGCACAAGGCACGUCAGUUGAGAUGUUGAGGGAGCUGGUGAAGAAGCGAAUCAUCACGCUGACCUAUCUGCGCAAUGUACACGAAGGGCGUACACAUUGGUUCCAUACCAUCGUCAUCACAAAAGGAGACCUCGAGAGGAUAUUCUCAAACGCUGCCAUGAAGAACCGAACAUAUCGAUUUGCCAUGCUCGGGAUGGCUCUUGCCCAUUUGUUUGAUAUCAAGGACCCAGCCGACCUUCUCCGCGGUUUCUCAAACGUCCUCAACGAGUACGAGACUCUCAAGGACGUCCCGAGGGACAAGGACGAGAAUGACCGACCACGUAUGCGUCUGUUCAGGACAAGACCGAAUAAAAGACAGCCUGGCGCUACCGACUACGCAUUAUCCUAUGCAGACGCGUCCGAUGCACCUUACCUUACAAUGCCCCACGUCCCCUUCGCGCCCGACUACCACCAAACGCUGCUCUCCUUGCUCGACGUGCUGUCCGAGGUUUACAACAAAAUAUCGAAGAUCCUCGGGCCUUCACCAUUUCCAAAUUCUGGCCACCACAUGAUGGGGCCUCUAGGAUUGCUUUCGCCCCACCCGGGCGUCUCAUAUCUGUUCGCGGGCACGGAGGCAGCGGCGACACACGAGGGGGAGGCGAGUUUGUGGGGCAUCGCGCAUGCGUCAGGGUCGGGCACUCCGGCUGCGCUAGGUGCGGGCGGAGGGAACGUAAUGUACGGGGGCGCGCUAGGAAGCCCACCGCCCAGCUGGAAUACUGGCCUGGGUGAUACGGUCAAGCAGAUUGACAACAAGUUGAAGAAAAUCAUUGCAACACUGCUCAAAGAGCUCGAUGAUUUCGCACGAGCUAACAUCAAGGACGAACUGGCAUCAUUAGACCCGCUCUUGCGGAACGUCGCGGUACCACAGGAACCUCAGUACGACUUCGACUGA